AUGUCUUCCAGCUCUAAGCCCCCAGAUUCGGUCCCAGUCUCAGUUUCCCGCCCGCAGGCCAACAAGCUGCUGACAUCAUUCACGGAGUUUCUGACCCUCACUGUUCACACGAUUCUAUAUCACAGAGGACUUUACCCACAACAGACAUUUCUUAUGACCAAGGCCCACAAUCUUCCUGUGCCGCAAUCUCGUCACCCUGCUUUGUGCGAAUGGAUUAACUCGGCCCUGGCGGCAAUCCAAGACCAACUUGCUCUCGGCUCUGUCGCAAAGGUCUGCAUUGUCAUUCAUUCUCCAGGGACCAUGGCAGUGGUCGAAAGAUGGAUUUUCGACGUGACUAACUUUCCGGGCUGGGUAACUGGCAAGGGCAAGGACAGGCUGGUGGCGGGCCAGAGGUUCCAACGACGAGAGGAUGACGAUGAUGACGGGUCGGUUAACUGGGUGGACGUGAAUGAGGCUUAUCGGGGCGCCUUGAGACGCAUUGCCUACGCAGGGGAGAUGAAAGGGCAUUUGCCUGAGGGCUGCACCUUUACAAUGGCUGUUGAGUUGCGUGAUGAGGCGCCAGCACCGAUAGGGCAUCCUCAACCUUGGAUACCUUCUGAACCAUCACUUCAGCCUGCUUCCAGCUCAAAUCCUAUACCGGGCGCAAACAUUGGCGGAGCCUCUACAACGCCGCUUCGGUCAGUGGAAGCUGGGCCACUCUUCUUUGAGUGUUGGGUGGAGGAAGGCAAAGACGAUUUGUCACAGUCACCACCUGCUACCCAAGACUCUUAUUAUUCAUGA